UGUCCUCGGUAUUUACAGAUCCUUCUUUCAAUUCCCCAAAACAUUCCUAUUGCUCUGAUUGGACAGCUUCUCACCCUGGUUUUGAAGGAGGCGGGAUUCCAGGGAGCUGCUGUCACGCGCCAACCGUCCUUAAUUCUUUACGCAUAUGAUGUGACUACUGGAGUAGUUGUAGAUAUCGGAGACCGCCUUAAUAUUGUUCCUGUCAUCGACGGUUAUGUGGUUGAGUCAGCUAUAUGUUCCAUUCCUUAUGGAGCCACACAGGUGCGAGAGGCGUUAAGGACUAACUUAUGUUCCAAUAACAAAGGGCUCUACUCUUUCCAAAGUCCCAUUGAGAAGCUGAUCCUGCGUUAUGUUCUGGAGCAGACUAGCUAUGUUCCGGAAGAUUACGCGCAAGAAGAGAAAACGACCAAAGAAGUAAAUGUCUCAUUGGAUAAGUUCGACCCCAUUCCAGGAAUGCCAACUAAAUUCAACAUUGACAACUCUCGCUUCUUGUGUACUGAGGGUUUAUUCCGACCGAAGAAGUGGGGUCUCGAUACUAAAGGUUUGCACCAGCUGGUGCAUGAGGCUGUUCAGAUGAGUCCUAUCGACAGCAGAAGAACGCUAUACAGGAACAUUUAUCUUGCUGGAGGUGCAUCCCUAAUGCCAGGGUUAGCAGAAAAGUUAGAACAGGAACUCGCAGCUAUUGUUCCCAACAGCAUCCAUACCCAGGUGCAUAUCUCACCAUGGAGGUACAAUGCCGCGUAUUUGGGAGCCCAAAUAGUCGCCUCUGCCUCGACUUUUAGUGAUAGCUGUGUAUCCCUCGAAAACCUGCCCACUUUCAUAACACAUCUGCAAUCUUCGUGUUUUUAA